AUGCCCUUCGGGGCUGGACCCAGCCCUGGGGGACUGGAGGCAGCUACUGAGGUAUGGAUGGAAGAAUCUAAGCAACUGUCGGCGACAUUGGUUCCACCACAAUCAACCAAUUCUAUCGCCUGGCCUAACUUCUACGACUUGGGUAGUUUCGACCACUGCAAACCUGUUCUACAGGAUGCCUUCAGGCGUCUGCCAAUCGACCCAACACAGCCAUUCCAACUGUUGGACUAUGUAGACGACUACGCUAUCACCGGCGACUCUGUAGCGCAGGUCGAUUGGCACUCAGCUCUUGCGGAGGGCGCUGCCGGCUACAGGGGGUUUCGCUUCCCAGUGGCUAAGAAAUAUCAAUCGUGGGACACCGACAGCGACAAUAAGCUCCUUGGCUAUCAUCUAAGGAAUGAUCUGCUUUCGCCUGUCUUCUCUGCCGAGCUGCUGCCGGAAAAUAGCUGCUCACCAGUCACCAAGCGGGCGGUGAGUCAUACUCUAGCCUCUCUCUAUGAUCCAUUAGGGAGGUACAUCGAGUACAGCAUGAAGGGCCGCAGUUUAUGGAGAUCAGUGGUGGACUCGACCAGGGAGGACGAAGUACCUACAGCCCUUACUUGGAACAAGGCUGUUCCCAAUGGCUUGGUUAAAGAAGUUAACCGCUGGGCUAAAGCAGUAUCCGCCCUACCCCCAACGCCGAGGUUCAUACCAGUGCGAUGGAGAUGUCCAACAUCAUCAAGCUAUCAUCACUGCCAAUUAUUGGUCUCUUGUGAUGCCUCAAAUAUCGGUUGGUGUGUCGACGUGAGGUCCAAAGUCAACGGACUUCCUAUUGGUCCAAGACUGUGUGGUCGUGGUGGUUUGUUCCCCCAGCGGAGGUCCUAUCAUCUUGAUGGUAAGUCGACAUCAACUCCAACGUCUACGGUACCGAGGCUUGAACUCCACAGUCUAUUGCAAGCCGCUAAGGAACUCCUUCGACUAUGCUCAGCGGUCAGACUUUCGCCCGCCAACAAUACCACAGCCAUCAUUAUGUCAGAUAGUCUGAUUAACAUACAGAGGUUGUGUCGCAUGAGCGAUAAGUCUGAGACCGAGUUGAUGAGCUGCAUCGGCAAAAAGGGAAAGUGCAACUACUCCAGAAGCGAUCUGGGGAAACUCCUUAAAAUACGGCAGACUUUGAGGGAGGUACCCAUACCGGUUACGCUGAUACAUCUUCCUUCGGCACUUAACCUAGCUGAUGACGGUUCCCGAUGCAGGGUUCCUUCGAGAGGCUCAGAGGAGAUGGAGCUUCUAGAAGCAGUUCUUCAAGACCCGACCCGUCGCCCAAACUACGUUCCCGGCAAAACAAAUUCGGAUGACUCUCGUUCAGACGCGGACGAUGUGGCCUACGACUAUAUCAAAGCUGAUGAACCCGGUUCGGCGGCGCUGUGCGCCACUGCUCCGCAAGCAGGGCCCCUACCGACUCCAUUCAACGAUUCUCUAGGCCUUCCCAUUCUAUCAGAGUCAGAUAGGGCGACAAUUGACGAUGCUAUUGAUGACUCCAUCAAGAACGACGGGUUCUAUAGUGCUGUCCGCUCCUACCUUAAGGAUGGUACCGUCGCUGAUGGGCAUUCUCCUGCGAGGCUGAAACGUCAAGCUACCAAUUUCGAGCUUGACGCGAAUGGCAGACUCUUCAGAAUAGUAAGGCAACGACCAGAUGCUACGGUGGUUCGCCAGCGAGUUAUUUCUGGCCAUGCUCACAACAUCAUCGACAAGAUUAUUAUCACUCGGCAUCUUGAAUGGCACCAUCUGGGUCCCCAAAAACUGGCCAUACGCCUAUCCGACUCAUUUUAUUGGCCCAGGCAGCGUCGCACUGUUGCUAGAGCGCUCAGAAGUGUAUACCUUGUCUGA